AUGGAUCUUUCUAAGCGCUUCCAUUUCCCUGACCAUGUCACCUCCAACCCUUUCCACAAGCUGGCGGCUUUGGUCCAUAAUCAGUGCACAACAGCUGCACGCCUGUUGGGUCCGUUGACUAGGAGACUACUCAAAGAAGUAUGCUCAAAGGUCCAGAUCGUCGAUAUCUUCAUGAAAACUGAUGACAAGGUCCGCCCAUUGCGAGCUCGGCUCGUUCCAGGAAGCACGAAGGAGACUCUUCACACUGCUUUGGUUGUGACACUGCCCAAGGGCAAUGAGAAAUGGGUCCUCGAUACCACCGGUGGCUAUUUUGGGUACGAGGAGGUGCUCGUGUCAUUCAAGAAGUACAUGGCCGAGAAGGCAAUAAAGCUGGCAGCUUCGCCUGAGCUCAUAAGAACACCAUAA